AUGGCCACAUAUUGCCAGGCAGCAACCGCAUGGCGGGUUCGCCUGACUUCAGCUGCAAGUGUUCGUCAAUGCAUCGCGGGGUUCUCCCACCCUAGAUUUGGACCCCUUCCUUCGCGCCCCUAUCGAGGUGUUGCAACCGUGGUUGACCAGACCAAACACGACAACGAUCCUGACCUCGACAAGCGUGAUGAGCACGUCAGAGCUGCGAAAAGCGUCACGACGAAAGAAGGCAGAGACCACCCAGCAAAACAGCCAGAUCCGCAGAAGCCUCCGGAACGGUCUACUGGUGUUGAGACUCAAGGUCCUGAUGGCAAAUCUGGCGAAGCAAGAGACACUCGUGGUGUGCACACAGAGGGGAAGCCCGAGUUGACAUGA